UGAUAAAAAAAUAAAAAUUCUUUUAGUGUAUAUCAGAUAUUUAGCUCUGUUAAAGGAAUUUUCUUUUAAAUAUUACUAUUUUUUUAUAACAAAUACAUUAUUUUACAAUAUUUAAUUUGCUGUAUAAGAAACCUUUUCUUAUAUGUAUAAUAAUAUUAAUUUCUUUCAUUUUAUCAUAUCAUUGUGGCUAUAGUUUAAAAAAGGAGCUUGUCAGAAAGUUAAAAAAAAAUAUACAUAUAUACAUAUAUAUUAUACAAACUCUCAUCAUUGAAUAUGUAGAUCUGUAUUUAAGAGUACACAAAAUGCAGGUCUGUUUCUAGUCAUAUAUAAGUCUUAUAAGCUGUUAUCUGCAUUGAAAUGAUAUUUGCUAAGAAUAAUUCUAUGUUAUGAUAAUUGACGACAGGUGCCUUUGCAGAUCUUAAUGAGAAGUAAGACAUCAUUAUUAGUCAUGGUAGUGAAAAGGUGUUUGACAGAAGGUGGUAUAUAAAUUUUAAGUAAAAACAUAUUUUUUGAGGUUUUCACGGACUAAAUUAUCACAAUUAACACUUAACAACAUAUUUUUUGUAAUAUAUAUUCAUCAUUAAAAUAUGUAAAAUAUAUAUUUUUAGAUAUUACAGUAUAAAAUUUUGUCGUAUCUUCAUAAAGUACAUGUAUAUGUAUACAAAUGGUUUCACUUACCAAUAUAAAUCUGCAAUCCAUGUUAAUGUUAAAUGUAUUGCUACAAUCAAUAGAGUCUACUGAAAUUUCAGUAAAAGAUGAAAUCAGUUCUUACAUUAAAGAAAAUUUAACAUGCCCAUUACCAAUAACAACUUUGGAUUUUCUCUACAAUUUUUCACAAUCCGAUUUAGAAAUUGUAUGGCCUUGUGAAAUCCGUUUUUACUGGUUAUCAUUACAACCAUUUGUUAAAUUUGUACGCUUUUUACUUGGCUACGUAACACCAUUUAUUAUAAUGCUCGGUGUAAUGUUAAAUACUAUUUCUUUUGUAAUAUUAAGUACACCUAUACUUUGUGAAUCAAAUUUGUCACUUUAUUUAAAGGCACUUGCCUUAUCUGAUAACGGAGCAUUAGUAUUUAAUUAUGCCGUAGGUAUUGCAAAGUCACAUUUUAUAUUUGUUAAUAAUCUUUUCAUGGCUAGUAGAUUUCUAUGCAGUUUGAACUCUAUUACUAUGGAAUUCUUUCAAUUUACAUCUACUUGGCUAGUUGUAGUUCUUACAUGGACACGAGUAUUUGCUAUAAUGUUUCCUUUUGGAAUAUAUGGUCGUUAUAACAAUUCUUCGGGAACAAUAACUAUUACUAUUUUGAUAUGUGUCAGCUUUAUAAUAUCAUUAACAAAAUUAUAUUCGGGAGGCUAUGAAACAGACAGUGUUUUUGAAUUUAUACCAUGCCAAAAGAAAAUAAAACCAUGGGGUAGUGCUAUGUACUUUUAUAUUGCAUUAUCAACUUGGUUACCUUUACUUUUUAUAUUUAUUGGAAAUAUUUUACUGAUUAUACUCAUGAAAAAAACUGAAAAAAUUCACUGUCAGUUAACUCAAAAUUUCAGACAUAAAACAAACAAAGUACAUCAUACUUUUAGAAUAUUAUUUGUAGUAUCAACUGUUUAUUUAGUAUUACUAUUACCCCUUGGUAUAGUUGAAACUUUGGAACUUUAUUGGGAUGUCAUUUUGAUUAAAUUUCCCGAUACUGAGAUGAAAAGAAAAGCGGAAUAUAUACACUGGUUAAAAGAAAAAAUGUUAUUAAAGUGGUGUCGCGGUUUAUGCUUUCAUAUAUAUCAUUGGAAUUUUGCAAUUAAUUUCUUUUUAUAUUGUCUGACAGGUGAAAAAUUUAGAAACGUAGUCAUACAGACAUUAAAACGACAUAAAAUUGUAAUCUUUUCAAUCUUUUCUAAACAUAUCAACAAAUGUAUAUUGUGUUCAAAAUAUCCUACACAUUUAAAACCCGCACAGUCUCCGAACGUAUUACUAAUAAGAGCUAUCACGCUUGGUGAACACCCUACCUCUGGAAGUGUUUCUGCGCAAAAUAAUAGUACCACUACUGCAAACACUUAAUGUAAAGAAUAUAUAAAUCAACUUUAUAAAGACUGUUAGCAUUAAACAUUGCAAAAAUGUUU